CAAAUAUCCAAGAUGGCGCCCACCGAUACAUGGUGAGUUCGAGCAUGUUAUAACUUCCUUUUGCUGAGUAAUUGAGUUUGAUGAAUUCCUUUUCAUGGAAAUGUAAUUAGAGAUGGUUAAGAAGGAAAUAAUCUCGUUUUAAUACCGCUAAAGUAGUAGUAUUUUUCACCUCUCAAGACUUACACAUUCCUUCGCGACCGCCCGACAAAAACUCAGCUUAAGCUAAACAGUUUUAUCUUGUUCACUUGUGCUGCUGUAAAUUUCACUUUCGUAGUCCACAAAUAAUGUAAGAGGCAUUUAUUAUCUUUGGAUGUGCUUUGUUUCUACUGUAGUUCUAGAUGUGUACCUUAUACUACACGGUCGAACAUUGCGAUCAUGUGAUCAAACUUUCCUUUAAUACAAAGACAUAGUUCUCUCUUUAAAUUAAUUUUGUGCACUGUAUGAUGAUAUAUUGAAAAUGGUGUUCAAAUUCUCGAUCUUGACAUAAUCGUUUGGUUAAAUGUCGAGGUUGUCUUUUUUUUUUUAUCUAAUCAUCAACUCACAUGUACUUUCAGCUGCUUCCAGACAAAGUAAGAAACUUACCCAUUCACUCUUGGGUAUUUUGCCAAAAAACGGGAAAAAGUUUUUAGGAAAGCUUUUAGGAUCUUAGAAUUAGAUGAAAGUGGAUGCAGGUGGAUAGGGAAACAAGAUUUUCAUGGGAAUUCUUGCAUCAUUGUUACAUGUUUUUUUGGCCUUUUUCUCUGGCGUCCUUGACUGAAUCGCACUAAUUUUGGUGCAGCUUGGAAAACCUCUUCACCCUGCACACUUUAAAGGAAAAAGUUGUGUUUGACCGUUAAAACUGAUGGUGUCACGAGUGGUAGAAGAGACGUGGAUUCGCAUGGGUGGUUAUGGGUGGUUCAGGGGUGAAUGGGUUAAACCCUGUCAGCACGUAUCCAGAUAACUAGAAAUAAUUAUGUGAAUUUCAGGACCUUUGGGGGAACGGCAAGAAUUAGGAAGAAAGGGAAAUAAGGCAAUAGAGAAGAACAUUUAUAAAUGUAAAAAACUUAAGCUAACUAAAAAAAAACAAAACAAAACUACAAUAACUAAAAAAAUACUAAAUGGGAAAGAAAAAAAACAAAAGAAAAGAAAAGUAAAAAGAAGAAGAGGCUCUUCCACCUGUAAUUGAACUCAGGAGCUCCUACGCGUCGGGCCACAUUGUUAACACUGUGCCAUGUGGGAACAUACUGCAAAAGAGAUGAUAAUAUUUUAUUUAAAGCCUUUCCCCUAGAACUUUUGCCAGCAUGCCCUGUUUAAGCUGAUCAAAACCUAUUGAACACAAAUUCAAAGCUAUUUUUCAGGGACCUGACUGGUGUUUUUACAGUAUAAAACCGAACUUAAAUGUAUUUCAUCACAAAUUAUCUUUGAAAACAGAGCUUUAGCCUCUAUCCACGUGUAAAGGCAUUUUGGGUGCCAAAAAUGAAGGCUUCUUGAAAAUUGGUUGUGGGAUUGGUUUUUUUUGAAAACACUGGCUUAUGCUUCUUAUAUUGACAGAUAAAAGCAAAGGUUUGAAAAUGUGAUGAUGUCAUGCAAUGCACAGCAAAUGCUUUGUAAGAAGCUAUUUCCAUUGCUGUAGCAUUUUCAUGUAGGUGGGCCAAAACAGUUCAAAUACACUAUACAUGGACACCUAUGCUUUUGGAAACAGAGAGAAGAAUUUAUCAUUUUUACAAGUUUCCGGAUACUUGUGGAUAGGGCCAAAUGUCCAAUUUUAUGUGUUAAAAUAAUGCCUCUAGUUGGAUGAUUUCUAAACUGGACAGUUGUUGAAGACUUGUCAGAUUUUUGGAAAAAAUGUGUUUGGGCAUACUAGACAUUUACACAUCAAUUCUGGCAUACUUUCUGAUUUUCUGAUUGACCAGUAGUAGCAUUCAUUGUGAGCAUGUAAUAUUACCGUUGUUGAUUCUGACAUUGGGCAGGAGUAUGCAUGUUCGAAGCUCAUCAGUUCUCUCGUAAUCUCUUCGCAUAAUGGCUUUGAAACUAAUAGGGUUAUUAUGAAAUUAUUUAUAGAAUAUUUGUAAAACUCCAGAGAUUUGCAGUGUCUUUGCCUUGCUUCCUCCUGUUGCUUUGUACAGUCUGAAUGCAUAGUGGAAAACAGGCUUGUCAGACUUGGAUUUAUAAAGUAUUUGUAAUAAUCUAAAUUGUGAUAAUUUUCAUUCAUUUCCCUAUGUAAGUAACCUUGGCCUCAAUUUGAGGAAAUAUCUUGGUUUUCCUUUUUGUUUCAGGCUGAGUGAGUUUAAAACUGUUGAGAAAUAUGGCCAGGAUAUCAUGGAGAAAAUUAAUGAGCGAAAUAAAUUGCGGCGAAAUGGAGCAAAUUUUUCCAAGGUAAAGAAUAUUUUAAAUAUUUUAUUAUUUGCUUAGUACUAAAAUCUCUUGUAUCUAGAUGUUUCUCUUGGUACAUUUCUGUAUCCUUUCAGGUCUGUAUAAUAUAGACAGAGAGGUACAAUAGGUUGGGAGCAGGGGGGAUGGAAAGGGGCAUAAAAGCCCUGGAAUAUUUUUUUAAAAAUGGGAUUGUCCAAGGAUGGAUUUCUUGUGUUUGAAAUAGAUAUUGCUUGUAAAACAUGAGGAUAAUUAUAAUAAUAUUAUAACACUUUUCAAUGUAUUUGGCCAUGAAAUGGAUUUUUUAAAUUUUCUGACUCCAUCUGUGCAUGUACAUGUAUCAUGAUUUUUUUGUUAGAGUUUUUUUUAAUUGAAAGAAGGUAGAAUGUGUCCAGGCUUUUUAAGACUGAAAAUUAACCAUCUGAUGUUACUUGGUGAACAAAAUUGACAUCUUUAGUAUAAACCACUUUUUCUCUCUUACUAACUGUCUCCCCCCCCCUCCCCCAAACCAUCAUACACCCACCUGAUUUUGAAAACAAAAAUGUCAGGUGUCCAGCCUGGUGGAACUUGUCUGUACCCACCUACUGGGUAAAGUGGUUUGCCACCUGCCGGUGGUUAGUUCAAUUGGAUAAGUGCCAAUCUGCUAAGUGGCAAGUCAAGGGUUCAAACCUUGGCUGGACCAACACUCAGGGUCUUAAAAUAACUGAGGAGAAUGUGCUGCCUUUGUUGUGAUGUCUACAAUGGUUAGACAUUCUAGUCUUCUUGGAUAAGGGCAAAAAAAAAUGGUGGGCCCUGUCAGUUCUUUCACUGUUCUGAUUCUUGUGGGAUGUGAAAGAACUGGAAAUGAUAUUCAGACAAUGGUGGAUCUUAUCACCCACACAAACUGAUAUUUGAUAUUUAUACUUUGUGAAGAUGUACAGUGUGCACAUGUUCAUUGUAUCAGGGGACAAGUUAAGGCAAACAGCUUAGUGAGUCAAUGCUUGAAUCGAUGCUAGUUGUAACGUACUGUUGAUAUUACAGGUCGAAAUUAAAUUCAGCUUUUAAAAUUUUUUAACCUAGCGUAGGUUGAUCCUCAAUUUCCUUUGUCCCCUAGCCCUAAUUCAUAAAUAAUUAGAGCUAGGAGAUAAAGGAAAUUGAGAAUCAACACAGGUAAAAGUUUAGACCUGAAUUUAAUUUUGACCUGUAACACUAAUACCUCUUGGAUUUGAGCCUGGUUGUUUGAAAAUGUAUUACUUAUAACAUGUAUUUUUAGUUGCAAUCUGAUGUAAGGAUGAUGCUGAAGACUUUUUCCAGAGAUGUCAGUAAUUUGAAGCAAUCGCUGUUACGAGCAUCAUCUUCUUACCAUGUGUAUCCUUGUUAAAUUUGUAAAUAAAGCUGCUCCAUUAAUCCAUUAAUCCCCAGCAGGAUUAGCCUAGUCAGUACAGCGGUUGACUGUAGAGCAGAAGGUCAUGGGUUGGAUUCCAGGGGCCGGACCAAUACUCAGGGUCUAAAAUAACUGAAAAAUAAAGGUCCCUCCUUUUCCCUGUGAGCGGCUAGACCUUAAUUUGCAUGGCUUAAAUGACCACAUAAAUUGGUGGUCCUCUCUCCAACUGAAGAUGUGAAAAAUAGUGUCCCCCAGUUAGUACUUUUGUGCUAAACACAUUGACACUAAAAAAAGUGCAUUUUAGAAGUCCAUUUAAGGAACAGUCUAGUAAUGUGAGAUACAUGUUAGUGUGCAUAGAUAUCAUUUCCAGUUGGAGACAUAAGGUGUCCCUGGGUAGUUUUUUCUUCAGUUAGUUGGUCAGCCAACUGUUAGUGGAAAGAUUUUUUGGAAGCUGUUAUUCCCAACAAUAUUAUUUAUUUUUCAUUAUUCUAAUGCAUUCAAGAUUUCUCCAUAAUCUUCUGGCCAAUUUGUCAUAAUCAGCUUCAUGAGCUGGCCAGACUGACCUAGUUUGGGAGGAAUUUCUCUUAUUCCUUUGCUGAUGUCAUAUUUAUUUGUGGACUGUUACUGCUUUUCCUUUAUUGUUCAUUGAUUGAUUCCUUAAUAAAUGUGUAGCACAGAGCGAGAAAUUGAUAGGAGACAGAACAUGUUGGAUCAGCUGAUAACAAAGUAUGAUUUUUGUUAUUCCUUAAGGCUUGUUUUCACUAGUGAUGGAGUCGGAGUCUGAGUUGUAAGCGGAGUUGUAAGAGUGCUUAUGACCUAGUGAAAAUCAAAAUCGGAAUCAUUAGCCAAGUCAUUAUUGUGACAGUAUCAGAGUCAGAAGAAUCAGAAUGUUUCCAGUUUUCUUCUGACUCUGCUUACAACUCCGUUGCUUACGUUCCGCUCAUGAUCUAGUGAAAACCAGAUUGUCGGAGUAGGAAGCAGAAAUGGAAGGAUAAACCAAUCACAAUGCGCGUUCCCACUCUUUGUGAUUGGUUUAGUUCUUCUGCUUCUGCUUGCAACUCCGAUGACCCAGUUUUCACUUAGUCAUAAGUGCAGAGUCGUAAACAGAAUCAGAAGAAUCAGAAUGCUGUUUUCACUAGAUCGUAAGAUUCUAGCUUCUGAUUAUGACUCCAACUCCGACUCCGUCACUAGUGAGAACAGCCUUUAAAAUUGAAACACUGGGAUGAGUACCUAGGUUAAGCCCGUUUCAAACGUCGCAUUACUGCCGUAUCAAACUUAAAUGAAUUUGACCCAGCAGUUGCACGGCAAUAGCAUGGGAGUGGCUUUAAACGUCGAAUUUAAUUCAGUCGUGCCAAAUUCAAAAUAAAGAAAACGUCAAUACAAACCUUCCAUCCAUCCAAAGUGGCAAACAGAAACACAAGGGAAGAUCACAAUCGAAGAAACUUGCUUUGCUGAAGAUGAUUUUAAAUGCCAGACAGCAGCUGAUGUAGCAGUCCAUUUUAAAUCAUUUUGUUGCAAGAAGGUUAAUUCUUAAAGUAUUUGCUUUUGCUCUCCUUCUGCUUAAUUUCCUUUAAUGAAAGCAAGAAAGAUGUCAGCUAGAUUUUUGUCCCUUCUUGUUAACUGUUUUCUUUUUCAUGCAAGGCCGCUUCGAGUCUUCUUGAUUUCUCUCUUCAGGACUGUUCUCCGUGUUGGAACUUUCUUGUUCAGAGUCUUCCUCUUUUGAUUCACAAUCUAUACUGGGUGAAGAGCGUUGUGAAACUGUGUCUUCUUCAUCAAAAAAUUCAGAAGUAGAGAUUGUGUAUGGACUUAAACUACUUCGCCAUUUUGCUGCCGUUUUGUAACACUCUCAUCCCAGAGCCCACGGUCAGCUACAGUAUGCGCAGUCAGCAGCGGUAGAGUCAAAACACUUAAACAGAUACCUUUUCAUAAUUCAUGAAUUGAGUUUGGCACUUCAAUAGCACAACGUUUGAAACCAAGUCGUCCGCGUAGCACUAAAUUCAGGUUGCUAAACUGAAUGAUUUCAAAUUUAUUCUAUCAAUUGAGUUUGGCACAGCAGAAGCACAAUGAAACAGGCCUUAGACCCUCUUGCCCCCCCCCCCCCCCCCCCCCCCCUUUGUCUUUGUGGUUUUAUGAUAAUUCUUUUUUUUUUUUUUAUUUUUUUUUUUUAUUUAUUAAUAUUAUUUAUUUUUUUUUUUUUUUUAUUUUUUUUUAAUAAAAAACUUAGGGCAUAUACAAAAUCUAGUGCUGAAUUUAUUGAACAAGAACACACAAUUCCGCAAACCUCUUCACCCAGUAUAGAUUGUGAAUCAAAAGAGGUAGACUCUGAACAAGAAAGUUCCAACACGGAGAACAGUCCUGAAGAGAGAAAGCAAUAAGACUCGAAGCGGCCUUGCAUGAAAAAGAAAACAGUUAACAAUAAGGGACAAAAAUCUAGCUGACAUCCUUCUUGCCCCCUUCCCCCCCCCCCCCCCCCUGCUUGAAAUUGUGAGUCUAUGAUGAAUUAUACUGUAUUUUAUUAUGCAUAUUAUUACUAUAAAAUAAUAAUAUUAUUAUUUGCUGUGGUUCAAAUUUUUCUAGAGACAAACAAAUGAAUGCUGCAUUUCAGCAGGAAGCUGGCCAGGGGGAUUUUGGAAGGUGGGAGAGGUUUGGACAAAUGAUUCAUGUUGUUGCAUGUUUAAAUAGUAAGGUGUUUUUUUUAGAUAACUCAAAACAGUUUAGUUUCAGAAUGACAAGACUGCUUUUUAUAGCCUUGGUGUAGGUACAAUUCAACUGCCAUUAAGCUGCCACCCUUGGGGUAUCAGCACGUUUCUUAAUAGAGGUUGGCUGCUCAAUAAAGGUUUAAUUCCCAAUUCUUUUCUUCAUUUACACUGUAUUUCCGGACUUUUCUUACUGGCCGUUUAAUAGAGGGUGGCCACUUAAUAGGUGGCCGCUUAAUGAAGGCUUAACUGAACUUGAGAAGGCAAAAUGUAAUUUGAUGGCCAUCCAAUGAUUAAGGUUCCUUGUAAGGGCCAAGAAUAAGAUUUUCAAGGAUGAUCUGGGGAUGUACAAUGUACGUGAUUUUUAUGUCUUUGUUGUUCAGCCUCAUCCUUGUUUCAAAUUUAACUUUCAUUGGUUUCAAACUCAUUAAUGCCAUACAGCACCAUAUCCCAAAACAAAGGAAAUAAAAUUUUAACCAAGGAUAAAAUUGAGUGCACCAAGAAUGCUGUCUGAGAAAGAUGCUAAAGGCUAAUUUAUAACAAAAUGCAGUGCUUGUUGCAUUUUAUCAGCUCGAGCACUGCUACAGUGUACAACAAUAUCUCAAGACAAUAAAAAUUUAUGACUAACAUGGGAUAAUCUUAACACAUUUUAACAAUUCAAUUUCUAGAUUCAAAUAUUAUCAGUCAGAGCCACUUCAGCGAGUCUGUGCAUUCUUUAAUAGUUUUGCAAUACAAAAGACUACAAGUAUUGACAGGAAAACCCGUAACGGGAACUACUUUCCUCACUGAAGGCAUGCAGAUAAACAGCAACAACAACAUGUUUACAAUGUAUACCUAGUUGAUCUGAGUUCUUCUCUUUCAUCAAGAUUUCAUAACUCUUCAGAUGAAAAUAAUGGAUCUUGAGAAUUAAUUUAUUGUUUGUGUUGUGCUAAAUUAUAGGAGUUCUUUACUGGCAGCAGACCCUAGAAUGCCAGCGAGUAGCAAUCCAUUUGAUGAGCCAGAACCUUACCCUGACAGUAAUGUAUCCAUUGAUGACAUGAGAAGGCAGCAACAACAAAUAAUUGCAGGUGUUAACUUAAGUAUUCUCUUUUAACCCUUUAAGUGCCAAUAUCCACAUACAAAUUCUCCAAAGUGAUCUCUAUACAUUUUCUUAAAGAAUUAGGUGAGAGAAUUUCAUAAAAGAUCAAUGCAUUUUCUCUUUGGUGAUCAUUUUAUCAAUUCUCAUAACCUCAUCUCUUGACAAUGUAUGGAUAUCUUUAGGAGAAAAUUGGUGUUGGUCACCAUUGGGACUUAAAGGGUUAAGGGUGCUACUGCUUUAUUUCAUAAUGUGUGCUAUGGUGUUGUUUUGUAAAAUUCCUGAGGCUGGUUCAUAACAACUGUACUUGUUGCAUCACAACAGCAUACCCAGGGCUGUCAUUAAGAGGUGGGGACCGGUGGAUUUCCCUUUGCCGCUAAGAAUGUGGCCCCUAGGCUAGUUUCCUGGGAAAACAGGAGAAAAAUAGAACCAAAAGAAAUCCCUAGCUGUUUGAUUCCCCACCAGGGUGCAAAGAAAGUCCGUUUUACAGCCGGCCAUUCGGGGAAGCUGUAGCUAGCAUGUACUAGCCUACAAGUCAUUUCAACUAGCCCCCAAACCCUUUUUUGAUUAGUAGGAUUGAUUACAAUCCUUCUGUAAAUUGAAUUUCCCCAAAAACCAGCACUUGUCAGGUGGGAAAGUCAAGAACUAAAAUCACUAGCCGGAUAGCAAAAUCCACUAGCCUCGGGCUACUGGACACGACUUUCUUUGCACGCUGUUCCCCACCUACUUUUUGUAUUUAUCUGGCAACUUGAAAUCUUAGUGACUGCCGCGAUACCGUAGGUCUUGCAAAUGCAAGAGCAGAACUUUUUUCACGUACAUGUAUACAUACAGCUGUACACUGUUCCAACAUACCAAUAUGUAAUGCCAUCAUCACAAAAUGAAACAUACAGUGUAAUGACAUUCAUGUACAUGUACAUGUACUGUCAAUGUGUUCUGCAGACAAGGGGACAUAAAAGAAAACUUGCAGUGUAGGGCUGUCGCUAGUUUUUGAAUUAGUUGGGAAAUUUUCAUCAAAUGAAUGUGUCAUGUUUCUAUCAAUGAAGUAUCCUAAUAGCCAGGCAGCAUUCAUAGACCUGGCCCUUAUAAAUUACAGCCCUGAGCUAGCCAUUAACACUGAGGCUACUACUGCUCCACUACUGCAAAAGUGUCCUAUUAACAGAGCUUAAGGGCAAUUCUAUAUAGUGGGUACAUUCUCUGUUAUCAUUAUAAAUAGAAAGAAAUUUGUCAUCUCUAUAGAAAUUGAAGCCUCUCUUAUAUUGCCUUUCAUGUUCCAUCAACAGAGCAAGAUCAAGGGCUGGAGGCCUUGUCAGGGAUUAUUCAAAGACAAAAGAUGAUUGGACACGCCAUUUCUGAAGAAGUUGACACACAGAAUGGUUAGUAUCUCUAAAUCCUUUGGCGACCUGUUUGGUCGUACGCCUUUCAUAUGGAACGAUGCAGAUUAUCCUUUUCUGAACUCAUGAACAUGUAACUUUUAAGUUGAGCAUUUCAGUCGGUUAGUGGCGAAUCCAGGAAGAAGCUCAUUUUGAUCAAUCCUACUUGAGUAACACACACAAAACCUAAUAGCAUUUUAAAGAAAAAUCCAGUGAAUACGAGUUGAACAUCAGGACGUGUCUCAUUACACCCACUGAGAUCAAGAUUGCUAUAAAAAAGCUCAACAGUGGGAAGGCAGCAGGCUCGACAAUAUACCACCAGAGGCAAUCAAGGCUGCUGGUGAGGUUUCAGAGGAAGUUCUCCUUGACUUUUAUAACCGGAUGUUGGACGAGAAAAGAGUACCGGAGAAGAGGAAAAAGGGUCUGUUAAUCAAGCUGCCUAAAUAUGGCGACGUGAGCAACUGCAAAAACUGCUGUGGCUUCAUCCUGUUGAACGAAUGUUCUGUACACACUGAGGAGUCCAGAAAGAAAUUUGGCCAAGACAGCCCUUGUACGAAACUCACAGGGAAAGCGUAAGAGAGAGAGAUCCAGACACACUAGGAGGCACAAUAGAGGAGAAAGGACUUACAUGACGUGAGGCAAAAGUCACUGCUUAAAAUAGGCAUGAAUGAAAGCCCUACGCUACAUCGGGAAGGAAGAGUAUUGAUGAUAAUGAUGAUGAUGUUGUAAUUCUCACUUUUAGCCUUGAAAAUUAAAUGGAAAAUGAUUUUUUUUUCUUCGAGCUGCCUGUGUCAUGACUGAAUAACAUCAUUCUCACACAUUUUUGUUGUUUUUUUUGUCGCAGAAAUAAUCGAUGACAUAGAUGGUCGAAUGGAUCAAGCCAACACACGGCUCAUAAAAGAAACCCACCAUGUGAAGAGAAUAACAGCAAAAUCUUCAGCGUGUGGUAAGUGGUAGCUUAGGGUCUCGCAUGUCAAGGAUAAAUAUAUUUCAUAUUAAUCCCUUUACUGCCAUAUAUGUUCAUGUAGUUGUAACAUUUGAGUAUGUGGAUAAAUCCUAUCGAGAUCGGCGCAGCGCGGCGCAGCUUUGCAACGUUACAGAAACCGCGCUGAAAUCGCCGUUCUUAUGAGUGAACGUCCGCCCUACCCGACACGGUUAUCGUUCCAGGGCAAGAGGUAUCCGGUAUGGUGUAGAAGUUACUGGUCAAAUUUGAUCUCAGCUUAAAUUAAAUUUUGUAACCUCGGUUGAUUCUCAAUUUUCUUUGUCUCCUAGACCUAAUUAUUUAUGAAUUAGGGAUAGGAAACAAAUAGCCUGUUCCAGGCUCCGAGAUGGUAAUAAGAAAUGCGAAAAACGCGCGGGGGCUGGGGAGAGACAGGGCGGCCCCCAUCGCCCCUUUUCCCAAGUCGUGCCCGUCUUAUUUUCGCUUUGCUCGUUUUAAUACGUUCCCACUAUACUAUCUGAGAGCCUGGCACAGGCCAAGAAACAAAGGAAAUUGAGAAUCAACCGAGUUUAAAUAAAAAAUAACCUGAAAUCAAAUUUGACCAGUAACAUAGACAUAACCUGAGAUGGACUCUCAAGCCUCAAAGAGGCGUCCACAUUAUGGACGAUAUGACUGAGGAGCGAGAGAGACCAGAUACUGGUGUUCUCUUUAGGGAGGUGGGUACGUUAUACAGGUGUCUGUUAAGAGACAGUGGCUCUUUUUAAUUUGUAUUCCAUGUGCUUGUAGGUUAAACAAAUAAUCGACUCUGUUUGAUUCAGAAUUUUCCUACUGAUUUUCAGGAGACAAAGGAUAUUAUGGUUUAAUCUGAGAACGGAUUUUAGCUACAACAUGCAUACAGUCGUACCGCCACUAACGGCCACCUCUCUACAACGGCCAUUUUUUUUGGCAGACAGUCCAUACAUUCACUCUUGUUUCAACCUCUCUACAACGGCCACCUCUCUACAAUGGCCACUUUUAUCAGUCCCCAUGGUGACCGUUGUAGAGAGGUUCAACUGUACUGAAACUGCAUGGUGUUGAGCGAAAUUCAACUGAAGGUUUUUCUGGUGAGGCAUUUUCUUGAUGGUGCUUCUUUUGUUUUGUCUUUAUAGGAAUGCUGGUGGUUAUUGUCUUGUUGAUUAUAGUUAUUAUUGUGGUGGCUGUUGUUCCUACAUGAUAGUUUUCACUUCGACGAUAAACAUAACGUAAAGUGAAUUUUCCAAAUAAUCUUUGUCUUAGAAUAAUUAGAGACCUUUAGACUCGAAGACGAGAACGACUACGAGUACGAGAUUUGAUUGAAAGUUCUUUUGCGUAUUGUCAAAAAAUAGACGCCGCCGAAUGUUUCAUUGUUCUUUUUUUCACCAGAAAAGAUAGCACUUUUAUCUUUUUUGGAGAAAGUUAAGCCCUCGCUCGAUCGAAAAAUGAUACUGAAACUUAUAACAUUUGAUAACUUGUUUCUGCCACUACGACAUUCUCGCCAGUAGAAUGACGACGGCUAUCACCUUUCCCGCCGAAAUGACGCUUGUUCAAGCGCGCGCACUACUUACUUAAUAUCAAACAGAGAAAAUCUCGUACUCGUACUCUUCCUAGAGUCUGAAGGUCUCUAUUUUAGGAAAAGCUGAAAGAAGGGUAUCUUUGGAUAUGAAUUCAAGAGGGUAGAGUAGGAGCGUGACAUGGCAUGACACGUUCAAUUUAGAGAAUUUCUGCUAUGUUUUAGUGCCGAAUUCAGACCCUGAGAUACGGGUGCAGCCCGGUCGUCAAAAGUUUUUUUCCGCCCGUCCGGGCCCCUUCCCUUGAUCCGCCACUGUGUUUUCUUAUUACAGUGGAAGCUCUCGUAAGUGGACACUCUAGGGGCGCGAAAAAGAACGCUACUGGAGCUGGCCGCUUACGGGAAUGUAAAAUACAGAGUUUGUAUGGGAGUUAAGAAAAACAGGGUUUUGUGAAGGUGGUCGUAGGUACAUACAUACAUACAUCCUUUAUUACCUUUCCUAAUACAAGGCUUUUCAAAGAUAAUUAGAGGUAAGGUAGAACUGUCCACGUACGAGAGUGUCCGUUAGAAUAGCUUCCACUGUAGUAAUUACUUGUAUACCCCUGAGAGCCGGUUAAUUUAGACGGUUAAUCAGGUGAAAUGGUUCAUCUUUGUGAGGACAGCGUUGAAAUACAUUCCUUGUGACCUAUAAGCAACUCUUCAGUGGCCUUCUGCAGUAAGGCUAACGCUAGACAUAUAGGUUGGCGGUUACGUUCUAGUUAAGUCUGGCUCCAGGUGUAGACCUUUUUUUUUCGCAUAUGUCGUCUAUCAACAAAAAGAAAUUAAGCUUACAUUUUGCCGGCAUUGUUUUGUUAAUCACAGAAUUAUUUUCAGUUGAUACAACAGCAGCAACUUCAGUUAAACAACAAUGAACCGCAUCCAAAUUCGUCUUCAGAUGAUUUGUGCCCUCCCAUCCCUAGCCUUCCACUGGUGCCGUCAUUUGUGUACCAUUUGUUCUAGUAUAUGAGGAGAAAACAAUAUUAUUCGAAUUAAUUUGUCCAUAUCUAAUUUAAAUACUUCAUUGGAUCAAUUAAUUUUCGCGUCAGAUGACGCAAGUUUGGAAAAAAAAGAAAUGAAAAGCAAGCAAAGAAACAAACAAAACAGAGCAAUCGUCAGGUUAUUUGGUAAUUGUAAAUAAUUUUGUUAAAUCACUUAGUAUAAAAGCUUGAAGCUAGUACUUACUCUAGGGUACAAAGACAGAGGAGAUAAAACGUCACUUUUUCACCUCUUACAAAUUCUUUAUUGCUUAUUGAAUCAAAUUAAUAAAAGUGAACGGAAUAAUGAUAAUUUUUUUUCUUUAAAACUCAGUCACUUUGAAUAUUAUGCAUUGUCAAUUUUUAAAAUUGUAUCGAUGUGGUUAUCGAAGGAAACGAGAAAGGUGAUAGGUGAUAUUUUUGUAAGUUUGAAUAACAAAACUGAGAAGCUGAAAUAUAGAUACUGAUCCAACAUGUUGCUUCCUUUCUGCAUUCUUACUGAGCAAGAAAGUGAUGUAACGUCGUGCACAUAAAUUGCCUUUAUUAUGUGCAUACAUUCAAUUAUUUUGACGUUACAAAUGCCUCGCUUUUUUAUUUGCUUGCGAAGAGGACAGAGACCAAUUUUAUGAACCUCUAAGUGCAGUGCAGUGGUGGACUCUGAGUAGAGUAGAAGCAAAAGCGCAGAAAAAAGAGGAAAGUUAUUGGAAAGACCUGGAAACAAAUGUAAGUCAAUUAAGAACACUUCUCUCGCCGAACAACACGAAGGAAAUUCACGCGGAAAUCAAAAUUCACGCAGAAGUUCAGCCGAUGAUAUCGGAGGUAGAGGCUGCUUUUUGGAAAAUAGCAAGGCGUGUGGAGUGGAUGAAAUGCGUACGGAGUUGCUUAGAGCAGCUGGUGUGUGAUCCUUCUACGUCUGCGCUGUAUGAAAAUUUGGUGAAAUGGAGAAUGGCCAGUUGCUUGGGUAAGGACAUUCUGUACCACGCCGAAGAAAGAAGACCUACAACAGGGUAG